ACAACCGGAAAGUCACAGAGCGAUCUUCUCGUCGAUGAGUUACAAGAAUUAUAUGAAAUCGCAAAAGAUGAAUUUGAAAUCGCAACUGACAGCACCGACAACGCCACCAUAUACGCCGCCUCCGACCGCGACUCCUGCCGCGACGCCCUAAACCAGUUCAUCGCGACCUACUCCCUCUACACAUCUUCGGAGAUCCGGCCGACGGCCGAAUCGCAUCAGCCACAGCAGGCGCAGCCAGAUGAUAGUGGGAUGGAUGCCGUGGGUACGGGGUAUGACCCUGCGGAUAUUGAACCGACGGUUAGGGAAGAGGUGAAGAAGAGGGUUGGACAGAGGGUUAGGGAGUUGGAGAAUGCGGUGCAGCUUUUGGAGGAGAGGGCGCAGGCUGAUUGA